AUGGAUCAAUACAAACUAAUCGAAACUGAGUUGCUUAAUGAAACCUAAAAGAAGUCUUCUAAUUCAAGAGGAAAGCUUCUAGUCUCAACUGUAGUUGCUCUUGCAGCAGCUUAUGUUGCAGUUUAGACCUUUUCUGGACCUUCAGAUAAUCAAUUACACCAAAGAUAAACUCUUUGGAGUAAUGAUAAACUCACUCUAAGUGGAUGGAAAACUCUUUAUAAACUAUUGUACGAUGACCCCAUAAUAAAGAUUGGUGUGACUUCGAGGGGAAGAAUCUAUGCCGUCUAAAAUGCAACAAGCUAUUAAAAUGUGCAUUGGUUCAAUACAACUUCAAACUUCUGGAGCUCAGACUAUUCCUACAUGAAAGAUAUUGUUGAUGUUCAGUUCGAUCAAUCUGGAAUCAAAUACUCUCUCUCAUCAUAAAAUAAAUUAGCUAGCUCUGCAAGUGGCUAUUAGACUCUUCCAGGAAUCAAGAAAUUCGCAGUAUCAAUCCAAGUUCAAAGAGCAAGUUGA